GCUUUUAUUGUGCUGUAGAAACUCGAUUAUAGGCAUUCAGAUAAUCGAAUGUAUGAAGAAUAAUGUAUAAGUAAUUACAAACAUAAUUCUGAACUGAAAUAUUAAUCAUGGAAAAAAAUAUUUAGGUACUGAUUUACAUAUUGAUAUUAACCAUUACAAUGGAAAAAAGUCAAGAUCUGCAAGGUACUCUAUCUCAAAAUAUCAACAAUAACAUAUCACAAUGGACUCCAGAAGUUCAAUCACCAUCCCGGCCAUGGGGCCAAUUAGUUUUUAUCACAAAAAAGACCAAAACACUUGGCAUGAGACUAACAGGCGAUGCCGUUGACACACGCUCCCUCAUAUAUGACUUACAUAAAGACACAUACUCUGUUGGCAAAUACAACUGCGAUAUAACUUUAACCAAAAACUUGUUCAGUACAGAUACCUUAAAUCUAUUAUCCCGCACGCAUUUCAUUGUAAAACGUACUUUGGAAGACGGUGGACCUGUAAUUUUAGAGGAUUUGUCACACAAUGGAACUUAUGUGAAUGGCGAGAAAGUUGGAGUUGGCAAUAAGAGAGUACUCGAGUCCCAGGAUGAGAUUUCGCUAGCAAAAAAAUAUUCCAGAGUCUUUGUGUUCCAGGAUUGGUUGGGGGCUACAAAUUUGAAUGUUCCAAAGUGUAUACAAAUUGUGUACUAUAUUUCCAAACAAAUUGGUAGCGGUUCGAGUAGUGUUGUGAGAUUAGCUUAUAAUAAAAGAAGUUGUGAACGUUAUGCAAUGAAAAUUGUUACUAAAGGUAAUAGCGUUGAAGGAACUGAUAGUAAAAAAAUUAUGAAUGAAGUUAAUAUGAUGAAGAAGCUGAAGCACCCUUUUGUGACUUCAAUGUACGAUAUAAUUAAUACAACAGACAGUUUAUUUUUAGUCAUGGAGUAUAUGGAUCGCGGUGAUAUGCAAUGUUAUGUAAUUGAAAAGACUUUGUUAGAAGAAAAUGAGGCCAAACAUUUAUUUUAUCAAAUUGCUGAAGCUGUGAAGUAUUUACACCAUCAAAAUAUUGUGCACAGAGAUCUCAAACCACAAAAUGUUCUUUUACGAAAUAGUCUUGACUUUAACAUCACUGCAAAAAUAUCUGAUUUUGGUAUAAGUACUUUUUUAGGCCAGUCGUACCUGCAAACAAAAUGUGGCACCCCCUUAUAUAUUGCACCAGAAGUAAAUAACAAUUCAGACGGAUACACCGAAAAGGCAGACAUAUGGAGCCUUGGAAUUAUUUUGUACUUUAGCUUAUGCGGAAAAGAACCUUUUGCAAAUCUAGAGGAAAACCAAGAACCUUUUUGUAUUAAUUUUGAUGCAAUCAACUCAUGUGCUCGUGAUCUGGUAGAAAAAAUGAUUGAACCGAACAGUGUUAAACGGUUAUCUAUUUCUGAGGUGCUCCAGCAUGAUUGGUUGAAAGAGGACUUACCGAUCAAAACAAUAUUACAUCCUUAUAAACAACCUUUAACCGAAUUAAAACCUGAUACAUGUAUAGAAGAUAAAAAUGAGGAUGAAAAAUAGAUUUUGUGAUACUUUUUAUA